UCUCUGAAAUGUAAAAAUCGAAGAACUAUGCCUAACCAAAUUGAUAAAGAUAAAUAUGAUCUACCAACACUGUUUCUGGCUUUCCUUGCUUUCUGUCUGCCACUUGCGUUGUUGAUUCCAGGUUUUUCUAUUUGGGACAUCGUGCCCAAGACUCAUGUGACCAGAUAUUUCGUGUUCCGCCAGGACGUGAGCUGGUCGCAGCUGAACGCUAUUGCCAUAGCUGUGCUUCUAACAUUGUUCUGUCUUUACUUGGAAAUUAAGAGACGCAAACUGGACGAAAUGGUGGAAGAUGUUUUAAGAGUGAGUGAGCAAGCGGAUAAAGUUAUGGAAAUAGAGAAGGAGAGACAGGUAGCGGCUAUAAAGGACACCAUUAACUUGCUAGACGUAUCCAGUGCUCAGUAUGAAAACCUCAUGCUGCUGAGCGAUGAUCUCCGUAAGAGAGCCCUGCAACGCCCACCCGCCAUAGACAGUAGCUCAUCCUAAUCGUGAUUCGUUUAUGAAACUAUGUCUAAACAGCCAGUUGGAUGAAAUCAAAAUUUUA